CGUCUCUGGUGGGCGCGGGCGAGCGGCGUGAGUGCCUCGGCUCUUAGGGUGGGGGGUCACUCCUGCAGCACUGCGGGUCACGGCGGCAGCCCUAGCACCCGGUCUGUUCCUGGUCACGCUCCAGCCUUUUCACAGUAAAAACGCUCUUUGUGCUUUCGGAACUCUCCUGACGAGCUGCCUGACGGCGAUCGGGUUAUCGUACUGUGGCCGGGAGCAGGAUCUUUUUUCAGCAAGGUUUUCACAAAAUGAGUCACCUGAGUGACAGGCUGCUGCUGCUGCCUGACCCGUGUUUAUCUGUGCUUCUCCUCCCGAGGCUUUAAAAUCUUGUUUCUAACUUCUUUAGGCUCAAAGGUAAACAACUAAGGAGGGCUCCUCAGCCCAGCAUUUCUUUGUCUGUGGUAUCACUUGCAUAGCUCGACAAUGGGCGAGGGUUUUCUCUUAGGAAGUAAAGCUAGAUAUGGCAGUUAAUCGUGUGCCUUAAGAGAUUAUUUUCCAGCAUUCAGUAUCUUCUUCAGCAGUAGCAAACUUGAACCAUCAGGGAUUUAAAAAAAAAACAACACCCUUAUUUUGUCAGGAAAUUCUCAGUGUCUGCUUGCAUUACUGAAGCCAACAAGGCAUUACUGUAGGCAGGAGAACUGUUAGUGGUAUGCACUAAAGUCCUCCUCGCAUAUGAAACUUGUGCAGAAGUCUGUUUUAAACCCAGAAUGUUUCCAUGUUAAAAUCCCAUGUUUCUGGCCUGAAGGCCGGAUGUCUUGAGGGUUUAAAUAAAUAUUUUUCUGUUACUAGCACAAUAACAGAGACAGAAGAUACGCUCUCAAUAAAUGUCUGUGUAUGUAGGUGUUGUUAGCCAUCCGCUGAGUUUAGAUAACAUAGGAACAUAAACCUUACAUGGGGAAAAAAGGCAUUUAAACCACUGGAAAAUACCCAUAAAUUACAGCUCACAUGUUUACUUCUUAAUUACUUUCUACAUCUGCACAUUUAAUUGCAUUUCGGAAAUACAUGUUUGCUGCACAUUUCACUGUCCAGGCUUCCUCCUGACCAGACCUCAUGCUAAUCUUUUAUAAACACAAUGAGUCCAGGUACUAAUUCCCUCUACAGGAAGUUUUUUAUUAUUCAUAAUCUAUAAAUUGCACAAAGCCAUUAGUCAAGAAGCUGUUAGUAUUCUAAAUGCAUCACUUGCCAUGACUACAGAAACCACCUAUCAUUACUUAGCAUCGCACAGUCCCUUUUAUCUCUUCUUCAUUAGAAGUCUUCAUAUAGUCCAAUUAUUACAUCUAAUCAGAAAGAAAAAAAAAAAAAAGAUUCCUAUAAAUAGACACAGGGAUUUAACCCCCAAAGGAAACUAUUGGGAAUCACUUUCAAAGCAGGUCUCUGUAUUUUACAAGUUGCAUCUCAAGUUCUGCAUGGAAGCUCUACUUACAGUGGCAGUAAUUUUUUUUUCUUCAUGCAAAAAUUACUGUGUGUGCAGAUCCGGGAGAUUCUCCUAAACCACACAUGAAGUGCCAUGAAGCUAAGUAUAUUGUGAAAAGUCACAUACCUUUUAAUAAUGCUUAGAAACAGUUUAAUCUCCUGUUCUUAACAUGGAAUGCAUAUAUAUAUUUUUGUCAUUCACAGAGGUUGUAUUUUUUGGCUGUUCCUCAGGCCAGAAGACAGCCCAUCAUACUCACUUUGUGGCAAUUCAGAUUUCUUCUGUAAUGCUUGUUCAGAACUACACUGUGUUAUUCCUCAGCUAUCAAGAAUAUGGUCUGAUUUAAAUAAACAUCUUAAUAUAAUUCUUAUUGCUUCUGCACAAAGCAUUCAGCAAAACUUGUAGAAGUCUCCUGGCUGAAUCCCAUCACCUUGCAGUGAGGAUGUGCUCCCAUGCAUCUCUCUCAGCCAGCUGUGCUGCCUGGCAGCAGUUGUGGGCCACUGUAGCUCUGAGCCUGCAGUAGCUGCAGGUUUUGCUGAGGUGGAGCCCAGCCAAGGCCCACCUGCUUCCUUGGCAGUUGAUGUAACCCAUCAGAGGCCAAGGUGCUUGCUGUGCUUUGGUUGUUGAAAGACAAAGCCUUUUCCUCCCAUCUUCAGUUCUCAAUGAGAUUUUAAGCACAGUGAAAUCACGCUUUAAUCCUAACACAGCUUGCAAAAUGCAACUGCUCCACGACAGUAAAGCAUUAUAACAUUCUACUUCAUAAGAGAAAACCAGGUGCUUUCUUAAUAAAUCCAUGUUCCUGUUAUGCUUUGGAAGUAGAUAUAUCUAUCUGGAAUUUCUUCUACCUGCUAUUCCCCCAAAAUGUGAUUGCUAAGUGCUUAUUCCCAUUCUUCCCCCUCUUUCAUUUCCAUAUGCUGAUAUUUGAUUAAGAAAAAGAAAAAAACACCAUCAAAACCACAAACUCUGUGUUAAAUCCUAACUGUACGUUAGUUUUGGACCACUUCAGUUUUUACAUUUGAUUAAUUUAAAAAGCCGAAAAGAUAAUUCUGUAAUUUCUGUCCUGAUAAUUUAACAAACAGCCAGGAUUAGAACAAAUCACUUCUACUUCUGGAAAGUCGACAUUCCCAGCCUUCCAGUGAGCUGCAGAAUUAUUUCCAACAAUGGCACGUUGCAAGAAUGUGGACUACUAUGAUUAACUUCAUUCUGCUCAGCCCCUUCAUUUGCAUUUUGGCAUGAUUUUAACAACUAAUUUCUCACAAACAAGUAGUGUUAGGAAGUAAUGCUUCCUUCCACACAAAAGCUAGGAAUCAUGGCUUCCUGUUUCCAAAAUCAAAAGGUGUAACAAUGGCUCAAAAAACUGAAAGCAAGCAGGGAAAAAGGAUAAUUUAAAAAUGUAUUAACGAUUUCAUUAUUUGUCCACUGAAACCAAAAGCAAAGUACUGACUGUAGAGGCUACAGUGGCCCUAAUACAGGCAGUAUCAAGUGUAAGUUAGAAUUUCAUUUUUUACUGAAAACAGGAUCUACUUGCAACCUUUUCUGCUGCAUCAAACAGCUUGCACCGCUAAGCAGUUACGUAGAAGUAACUCAAGCGACUGUAGAACAGGAUUCAAAAACCCGCUGUGUUACAGACAAGAAAAGUAUCUGGUAGUGCAUACUAUGCUUUACUACAUAUACAAACAUAAUACCCAAAAUGCACUGCUCCCAGAGAAGCAUAAAUUUAAAAUAUUAAUAUAUAAUUACAUCAAUACUAACAGAAAACUUCAGCGUAUAAAUCAGGCAUAUAGUUGUAGGUGCAGUACAGAAGGUGCACCUUCAAUCUGGUGAAGCUAAAGGAUUGAAGCUAAAGGAGCUAUUGAAUUAUGUAUCUCUAUUUAAUGAAAAAGCUAAGAUUUUCAGCACCUUGCCUAAAGUUUAAUUCACGAAGAGAGAUUAGACAGAAAAAUUAACCUCAGAAUGAAACUUCAUACGCUAUUCAUCAUUUAUGAAGCUAUCAGAAAUUCACAAUAUAAUUUAUUGCAGGAAUGGCAAAGAGUGCUGACAGACAUCUGCAAUUAGAGCAGAAAGUGUGCAAACUCUUCUACAUGUUUACAUAUGAAGUAAGUAACACAUGUAGCAAUGGACAUGGUUAUCUAGACUGAAGGAAAAUCUAAAAUAUAGUGUCAUGGAUACAGUUGGGCUUCUAGCUCUGCAAACAAGUUUGCUGCUUUCUUGUCUUAUAUUCCUUUUUUUUUUUUUUUAAUUGAUAAAGCACUUAGAGUCUUCAUCAACUUAAAUAGCUUGCUACCUUUAAAUAGCUUGCUACCUCGAUCCAUAUAUGACUGACAACUACCACCACAAAUACUGCAAGUGAUUGGGGUGGGGGAGUGUAAAUUUUUUAACAAAAACUCAGCAGGUAACUUUUCAUUUAAAAAAUCCCAUUUUCUUUUAGGUUAGGUUUGUAUUUCACUGCAUCUUCUGUUAAUACAGAGCUGACCCACUCUGCAGCAGGAAAGGACUGCCAGUGUGUUAACAUUUCACAAAACCUCCUUAGCGUACAAUAAAAUCCAUGAACACAGAGAAGUCUCUUUUGAAGGGACUGAAAGUAUGAAGCUAGAAAAAAAAAGAAUACUUUGCACACAAAUUGUUGUCAGUCGUGACAGAAGACAGAUUAAUCCCACUGCAGACAUUCCUGAAAAGAUAUAGACUGAAAAAUACACUAUAUUGAUAAUAAAGAACAGUUUGGUAUAAUCUGAUCUGGUUUUAGUCAAAAUAUCACUAUCCAGGUGUUCUAGGAUUAAGUAGAAUACAUCUGGGAAAGAUGUAUUCAGAAUAGUGUCGUACAGCAGGAUCAGUUCUGUCAGCUACAGGGAAACUAUCUGAACUUUCAAGUCGGUGUAUAUAUUGUAGUAAGGUUUUUGGAACCCUUCAUCAACGUAGUUUGCACGUGCAGCUUUCUCAUCAGCCUAUUGCUGCACACAGCUUGGAGAUGAAAAAAGAUCUUCCAUAUAAAAAGGAAAGCUGUAUUUUAAAAAGGAAAGAUACCAUUCUUCUGGGAAACACAGCCAGGAAUGGGUUCUAACUAACAGCAUGUAGAGCAACUAAAAUGAAGCAGCCCACAGCUGCUUAUACAUUUCUAAUGGAGGAAGAGAUCAGAAAUGUUAAAUGUUUUGAGCAGACCUGGAGGGGACUCUGUCACAGAUCCAUCCAAGCAUGAAUCCUUCUGCAGAGGAUUCUUAUCAAAGGGAUGUGGGAGAACUGCAUUUACUUCCUGAAUUAGUUAUUCUGGUUUCUCUGCAGAUACAGACUCCUAUUUUGUUUCUUUGGCAAUUUUAGAGAGAGGAUUCCCUACUGGAAACAGCUGGAGUGAGAUGAAACAGUUGUAUCUGAGAAUAGACCUAAGUGCAUUCAGAUAUCCUGCUGGCAUGCUAAUGGCUAACAAGAUCUGGAUCUGGAAAGGAGCUAGAGUCACUGAUAAUAGCUGGUGAAGCUCACUUCUGCUAUCAGGCUUUUGAGAGGAGGAUUAAAAAUGGGUUGGCAGCUCCUCUAGCAUGCUCUGCAUAGGGUAUACAAACAGCUUAAAUGUGUCUUGCCUGAUGCACACCUUCCAUCUCUGUUACUUUAUUCUGUGGCAAUCCUGCAGGAUAUUCCAAUACGAGGAAAUCGCUGGAGCUGUUAACAGGCAAAAGUUCUAGGCGGCCACCUUAACUGCUCAUUGAUACUCAUUUUACCAAUCUGCAGAUAUCCCGUUGAGACGACAAGAGAUUAGGGUUUAUACACAGACUAUGAACUAUAAGAGCAUGUGGGAUUCAAAAAUUGCUGUGUUUUCAUCCUCAGCAAUAGAAUUGUUUUGAAAUUUGAAAAGGCAGCAGCAGAUGCGAGCUAGUAUUCCUUUUAUCAAUUAGCAAAUGUCACCAAAUGCUAGGAAGAGAGAGAAAAAUCUCAUUCCCUGGAAAUUUACAGUUUGUGUUUCUGAGAUAAAAAUGGCUUAAACCAGAAACACACUUAAAUACCUUUCUGAAAGAAAAAGAUGUGACCAUCCACACAGAAUUACAUAAAACCCAGAGUGUCUGGACACUUUACUUGUCUAAAUUGCAGAAGUUCUUUACAAGAAGACCAGUCAAUCACUUUGAAUUUGUGCAGCAUCUAACAGCAUGGGACCCUACACUUGAUCAGAGUCCUUAAAUGCAACCAAAACACAUGAAAGUUAUUUAUGUUGUACAUAUAAUCUUGGCCAGAGAAUAAGAUAGGAUAUGACCUCACAAAUGUUUCCACCACAUUAAUAGCUAACAAUGUUUAGACAUAUGAGGGGGAAAAAAAUGAUGGAAAAGCUGGGAUACUGUGAUGAGCAGUUACUGAAUGUAACAUUAAUUUCAGCACACAGGGCAAAUUAGGAGCUAGGUUUAAGAAUAGUACACAGAAAAGGAUUUGUUCCCAUAAGGCAAAACACAGUAUAUAAUUAAGAUCAAGCAUUUGUUACUCUAGGCUGUGUCUGCCAGAAAGGAGCAGGCAUCCUGUCAAGAUUUUCUAAAAAGCAUGACCUGUGUGUUGCCAAUUACUGUCUAUUUGGACUAAAUGUAUACAAGAUGCUGCUUAAUCCAGGGAAUAUAGCACAGAGAUAAAACAGUGAAUCCAGCUUUAAGCAAUGUCUGUCAUCUUUAUCCUUGGGAUUCUGACUAACACUAUACUAAGAAUGUGUAAUACUUGAAAUGAUUAAGUCUUUAUUUAAAAAAUAGGUGGAAUUUUCUCCUCUCUUUCUCAGUUGUGCAUGACACUCCCCAGUUUCAUAUUCAGCUUGCCCUGCAUGCACAGAUCUCCCAUUGUCAUCACUGAAGACAGACACUGCUCUGAGCUACACAGCAAAUCUAGUCUGUUUUCUCUAUAUGUGAAGAUCCCGAGGGCAUGCAGAAAAAGCAGAGGAAAGACUUACCAUAGGGAGCUGGGAGCAGUACUGUAUCCCAUGAAAUCUGAAGAAUUCAUCUUGCCAGGAAGUACAAGCAGAUGUCAGAUCUGCAGCCUAAAGCACUUGUUUUUCUUAAGCAACACACUGAUUUUUCAAUGUUGGGUUGAGUACCCAUUUAGUAUAAAACUAGCUAUAUUAUUCUAAUUUAAAGAGAAAUAAGAGUCACUCCUGUGUGAAUCUCUCUAUAUAUACUUCAAUACACAAAUUACCAAAGAAAAUCUUGACUCCUGCAAACAAUGCAUAGUUUAUUACACCAGUUCAGGGGAUUCUUUUAUAUUAUUCCAUAAGCCUAUUUCAACAAUAGAAUAGUAACAAGAAUUUGCAAUGUAUGAUUACUGUCUUCACUCUUAAAAAUUUACACAGCUGUCUGCAGGCUAUGUGAUCUAAAAUAUUUCAUGCAAAGAAGUGAAGAAAAUGAGAAAUUGAUUCUUUUAAAAGCAUAGACAGAAGGUCACUGCUUUUUCUUUAUUUCUAGUUAAUGUUCACACAGGUAAAAACUAUCAGAGCUUUAAAUGGUAGGACAAAAGUAUGCACCAUAAUUCACAGAAUAAAAGUCUGUAGCAAAUACCAGAUUCAUGAAUAAAAGAAACUCCUCUCCAUCUGUGGCUGUGCUGCUGUUGGCUUAAUGACAGCCUCUUCUACAGUGUACAUACAAGAUCGUAAAGCAGAAACUCAAUAUAAGGUGUGGAAACACUAACUUCUAGUGUAUUUACCAGCUAAAUAUCUCUGACUUUAUAAGGUCAGUCUCCCAUAUUUCAGUGUCCUCUACUAGAACUCUCAACACACUCCUCCAUUAAAAAUUAAGGAAACAAUGAAAAGAAUGAAACAAUCGAACCCACCCUUCCAUCCCUUUGAUAUUCAGUGCAGUCAUGCAGUCCUGCACUGUUUGUGCUGUUGCUCACAUUAGCAAGCCAUGUGCAAGUGGCAUUUUUAGAUACUACUUCUGCUUUCUGUACAAUAGUAGAACAUGGAGCUAAGUCUAGAGUUACCUUUCAUCCACACUGAAGAACAGUCAUGUCACAGUGAUAUGAAGUUGACUUUAAAAGAGGAAAAAUGAAGGAGCAUUAUAACUGUUUGAAUUUCAGUUCAUCAGAAAUAACAAGAUCACUUUUCAUCUUCUCGAAGUGCUACAAGACUUCUGGUGAAAUCAGUUCAGUAUCUCAUGUCUGUUCUAAUUGUGUCUGUGUCCUUGCAUACAUAGUACCAGGACAGUGGUUCAGCACUAGCUCUUCACUGCACCAUGCUCCAGGAUUUAGCUCUUCCCAGACAUCUUCCUUCCUUCUUAUUGACUUGUAUACUCCAAAUUAGUCUUUGAGAAUCAAAAAUAUUUUUCGAGGAAGUGGUAUGGAUUUAGUACACCAAGCCAUUGCUUUGAUUUUUUUUUAAAACACACAGAAAUGGGUUAAUGGAACCAGUUUAAAAAUAUCCUAAUUGAUUUUUUCCCUUCUUUUCCAUUCAUCCUGAACAUUGAUAGGCCUUGUUUUCUCAGCCAGAAACCUCCUGUCUGCUAUCUAUACUGCUUCGUGUAAAUGCAUGUUUAAGGCACUACUACCCUCAGGCUCCCUUCCAGUGCUCUCGGGAAGAACACAUACAAUUCUCUAUACUUUUUUGCUACCAAUGUCACAGAGAUAAUGACAGCACACAUACAGAGUAUUAGUCAGAGACACCUCUUUUCUUUAUCAUAUUAUCAUCUGGGAUAAAACUAAUGGCAAAGAAAGGCCCUUAAACAUUUGCUGCCUGCCCUGAAUACAUCUUAAGGGUUGUUGAGAGCAUGGGAAGGAUAGGAAUUGCCAGGGAAAGGCAAGAGAUGGAAGAGAUUAAAAAUGAAGAGGAUGAAAAGGGCAGGGAACAAAGAGGUGGCAGCCCAUACUUAGUAUAUCCACUCAUCCAUAUAACAUGACAAAAGGAAGAUAGGAAGGCAAAUAUUCAGCUCAUUUAUCUUCUGUAAUUACCUGCAUAUCCAUGCUGUUCAAUAGGAAAUAUGCACUAUUCCUUUGUACUUAGACACACAUACUCUGGACUAUUUAUAGAAACGGCACAGUCUUUAGUGAAAGCCAAUCAGACUUUCUGAAUUCCUUUUAGGAGUUUUGUUCUUGUACCCACAUAAUUUUAAGAAGGGAAAUCACUGGUUAGUGUAACUGAACAUCUAUUCUUACUGCAUCUGUACAAGAGACCACAACCACUGAAAUAAACAUAGAUGCUUACUGAUAUUUUAAAGAGGAAAAAGAGAAAAAAAGGUAUACUGUAACAGUGUUAGCCAUAGUAGAUAGCUCUACUAGAAAAACCCAAAGCAAACCAACAACCCCCCAGAUUUUGCACUUAAAAGUGAAUAUCUGCAUUAAUUUUGUUAGUCAGUAAAGUAUUUAUUUUACUCACAUUUCUGUGUGUGUUUGCUUUGAGAAAAAAAUAAAGACAAACUCCAUUUCACAUUUUUAGAAGCAUCACAACAAGUAUGCAGAGAUUGCCAUGUGUUUGCAAAACAGAGGGUGGGCACAGCACAUCUUUAAGAACAUAGUGACACGUGGUUUACAUAGGAUUGUGGAAACUGCAUUUACUUAAAUGAUAAAAACCAAGUUCGCAGUGUUGCUCCAAAACCAGUAUAGGAAAAAAAAAAUCCCAAAGAAAAUACAUAGACCACUUUAUAACCACAAAUAAGAUUGUUAGGGGCAAGUGAUCUCAGGAGUACAAAUGCAUUACAAGUUCAUGCACUUAAACUCCAAUCUUCUGAGUUCACAGUUUAAACACAGAAGCCGCAAAAAUAAACUGCAAAUAAUUUUGAAAUAGUGGCUUCUAUAGAAGAAAUACUAAAUAAAAAUAUCUGAAAACUAAUGUCAAUCAUAUGUUAGUAAAGAUGUGAUAUGUAUUUAUUUUAUAUGCUUUAAAGACAAGUGAACAUCCAUAACUUGAAGACCAGUAAUGGGUACUAGAUACUUUCUUCUGAAGGAUGAAUUUUCAAUCUAGGGUGAGUCAGCAAUGAUUAACGAUUGAUACUUUGUAUUGGGAUAGGGAGUAUAUUUUUCAGUAUAUUAAAAAUGUGGAAUUAUUACAGAUACCUAAGUCUUAACCUACGACCUUGUAAUCCAUCCCUAAAAAUCAAAUGAACUUCCAGGAACAUAUCACUUGUUUGCAAGACCCAUGUAGUAUUUUAGAACACUCACAGUUGUGAACUCGAUGUACAAGGGAGGAAAGUCUUUUAAUGACAUGUGGCCUGUUUUAGUAUGGAGAGAGAGAAAAAAGGGCAUCAGAAACACACAUAAUAAACCAUACAUACUAGAAGAGCACUUUCAGGGGCAGACUUUGAUUUCUUUUCUCUUUCCCCAAGACAAUGUAUCUAUGCCAGCAUUGCAUCUAGAUGUGUUCAGUUGAACUCACUGUAGUUCACAGUGAGUGCAUGCUUACUCUGGAACUCUCUGAAGGGCUCAAAGUCUAACAGCAACUCAGGGAAAAUCAUAGAGAACAUGCCAUUUCAGCAUGAGCCAAUAAAAUGCCUGAGCAAUGAUAGGGGAAAACUGCGAAAAUAAAAUGGACUUCUUGAAUGUGACAAUAAAAUUCCUGCUGAUUUUUUUUUCCCUGCAGUGGUAAGGCUACGCCUGUCUGACUUAGUAUUAACAACUAGAUUAAGAACAUGGGAAAGGCCACACCAUCUCAAAUCAAAGGUCUAUCUAGUCUGGAUCUCUUCUUUCACAGAGAUAGAAAAGCAGAAAGAGUAUGAAAGUAGAGCAGAUUAUAUUUUCCCCAAAUAGUAUCCCAGAGUUCCAAUAACUUAUGACUUAAGGGGUUUCCAAAACAGAAUUUUCUACCUCAAAGACAUAUUAUGAAGUAUAAGCAUUAAAAAAAAAAAAAUAAAUCUCAUUUUAGGUUUGUCUCAUACCUCUGGUUCCUGUACUGGAAGAGACAACAAGUAGUUGCUCUCUAUUCACCAUCUCGAGGACAAUCAAGAUUUUAUAACUUGUAUCCUGUCUCCUCUCAGCCAGCUGCUGUGCAGAACAGAGUGCUGCCCUACUUAGCAAGUUCUCCAAUACCUGUCCAGAAUUGUAGAGAUACUCAACACAGAAGCAAAUGAAAGAUUUGAAGACUGGUGUAAUUAAUAUACUCUACUUCAUUCUUUUUUCCCUUCCUGGUAAUCCCUAAUAAUUUGAGGGGACAAAGCAUUUUAGGAAAACCUGGACAUUAAACUUGCUUUGUAACUGCUGAUGAAUACUGGAAUAUGGAAUCUUCACUACAUGCUGUUCAGACCGAUGCUUCUUGGGUGCAAGAGAAGUGGAAGCGUAAGUGUUACUAGUAACAAUCUUUGUAGUGGAAGGGAUUGCCGUUGCACAGAAGACACAAGGUGGGCAAAAUAUUGGCAUGAAUCGUAUUCCUCCUACCCAGUGUGACAAUUGGGUACGGACAAGCAAUGGCGGACAUUUUGCUUCACCAAACUACCCUAAUAUGUACCCACCAAAUCAAGAGUGCAUCUAUAUAUUAGAAGCUUCUCCACGACAGAGAAUUGAGUUGACCUUUGAUGAACCUUAUUACAUAGAACCUUCAUUUGAAUGUCGCUUUGAUCAUCUGGAGGUUCGAGAUGGACCCUUCGGUUUCUCCCCUCUCAUUAAUCGUUACUGUGGUCUGAAAAGUCCUGCACUAAUUAGAUCAACAGGGAGAUUUAUGUGGAUCAAGUUUACUUCUGAUGAGGAGCUGGAAGGAAAGGGAUUUCAAGCAAAGUACUCAUUUAUACCAGAUCCUGACUUCACUUACCUAGGAGGUAUUUUAAAUCCCAUCCCAGACUGCCAGUUUGAGCUCUCAGGAGCUGAUGGAAUAGUACGUUCUAGUCAAGUAGAACAAGAAGGAAAAACAAAACCAGGACAAGCAGUUGACUGCAUAUGGACAAUUAAAGCUACUCCAAAUGCUAAGAUUUAUAUGCGAUUUCUCGACUAUCAAAUGGAGCAUUCAAAUGAAUGCAAAAGAAACUUUGUUGCUGUGUAUGAUGGAAGUAGUUCUAUUGAAAACCUGAAGGCAAAAUUCUGCAGUACUGUAGCAAACGAUGUCAUGCUGCAGACUGGGACGGGUGUGGUGCGAAUGUGGGCAGACGAAGGCAGUAGGCUAAGCAGAUUCAGAAUGCUGUUCACUUCCUUUGUGGAUCCUCCCUGCUCAGGCAACACUUACUUCUGCCAUAGCAACAUGUGCAUCAAUAAUUCUUUAGUGUGCAAUGGCAUUCAGAACUGUGCAUACCCUUGGGAUGAAAAUCACUGCAGAGAAAAGAAAAGAACUGGAUUGUUUGAACAAAUCACCAAAACUCAUGGAACAAUCAUUGGCAUCACAUCAGGGAUAGUUUUAGUACUUCUCAUCAUUUCAAUUCUAGUACAAGUAAAGCAACCUCGCAAAAAGGUUAUGGCUUGCAAGACUGCUUUCAAUAAAACUGGCUUCCAGGAAGUAUUUGAUCCUCCACAUUAUGAACUAUUUUCACUAAGGGACAAAGAAAUUUCUGCAGAUCUGGCAGAUUUAUCAGAGGAACUUGAAAACUACCAGAAAAUGAGACGCCCUUCAACAGCUUCCAGAUGUAUUCAUGACCACCACUGUGGCUCCCAGGCCUCUAACACAAAACAAAGCAGGACAAACCUCAGCUCCAUGGAACUUCCCUUCCGCAAUGACUUUGCGCAGCCUCAGCCAAUGAAAACAUUUAACAGCACAUUCAAGAAAAGUACUUACACUUUCAAACAAGCGCAUGACUGCCCUGAGCAAGUCAUAGAAGAUAGGGUGAUGGAGGAGAUUCCAUGUGAAAUUUAUGUUCGAGGAAGAGAUGAUGCGGCACAAGGUUCAUUAUCUAUUGAUUUUUGAUUUCCUAGUGAAGGUAUCAGUGUCUAUACAAGAUGCUUGUGUACAAUGACAGUGUAUAUAUUGAAAGUCUAUUAUAUGCAGCGUGUGAGAUGCACACACUUUUAGCUUAUUAUACUUCAUUUUAAAAAAGUCUGCGUAACUAAUCCUUGCUGAGAAAUGGUGGAUUUCCUCCCAUCUUCCCACGAUACCUAUCUAGUGGAGGAAUAAGACAGACUUUGCAUGGAAAUUAUAAGUAAAGGAUAUUGGAAGAAAAAACCCAACAGCUACUAAUCACUGAAGACUGAAAACAAUGAUUACUAUUCUCUUCCUUAUCUAAUUUUCUCUUCUUUAGACGUCUGCUUUUCAAGACAAUUUUAAUACCUCAGUUACAUAAAUAAAAGUAAAGUGCACCACAUGUAUGUCAACAUAGGUGUCUUAUUGUAUUUGUCAAAUUGAAAGUAGUGUUAAGUGCCAGUUAAGAAUCAAGAAUUAUGUUACAGCCGUGUUUCAUCUUGCCUACUAUUUAUAUUGCCUUUAAUUAUCAGUUCCUCACUCUGUGCUUUGUGAGAAAUAAGUGAAAAGGGUUACUGCCUUUUAAAAUACUGAGUCACAUGAAUUUUAGUACAUUUGAACAUACGUAAUUUUGCAGCUUGUGGUUUAAACACAAGUAAGUACUCAUGUUAGUCUAGAUGCAGACUUUUACAACAGUAUUCUUUCAAGAAGGUUUGGGAUUUUAAAAUACUUUGCCAUAUAUUACAGAUCCAUAUGGCUUGCUGAUUUCACAGCUCUGUAGUUAGAAAACUAUUUUGUUCCUGCCUUUUCCAAGUACUGACAUAAAUAGGCUGUACUGUACAUUUGCCUCUUAAAAUAGCCUUUUACUCCAUAUUGCAGCAAAUCUUCCCUGCUGAAAUCAGUGGUAAUACUUUUAGCUCAUGUCCUACUUGCCUGAAGAGAACUGCUCUGAGGUCUGUGUGACUACCAGGUACAUGAAGAUACUGCACACAAAGAGAAAUCACAAAGCAACUCUUUAUUUACCCUUGGAACCUUCGUUACGCCCCUUGAUUCCACUCGCAAAAUUGCACAUUUCAUACCGUUUUUAAUGGUGGUUUGGACCUAAUUUUAAAAUUUUUACAAUAUAAAAAACUUUUUAAAAUAAUUCUCAUUGUGUUUUUUAAACUUUUUAUAUAGUUUGAUAUACUGUACAGACUAUUUAUUGAAACAAAAUCUAGCAGCUGUACAGCAGGCUUGUUUCAGUGUCCCUGUUCGCAGCUCAGAGUAACAUGCAGUGCCUGCUGUGUACAUUGCAAUUUGCCAAGAAUAUUUAAUAUUACUUCCACGUUAGCCUACAUUUUAGUCCCUGGUUUGUUUGGGUUUAUUCUGGUAUUUUGUUUUCAGGAAGCCUUUCACUAAACAUGACCAACCAGCCUGCACUAGGCAUAUCGUUUAUUUACAAAUGUAUGUAAAACCAUAAUGUUUGCUGUGCUGACUAUCAUACAAAAAAAAAAAACCAAAAACUUUAAUAUACAACCCUAGCAACUGAAAAAUCUUUUCUUUAAAAUAAAAAAUGAACAACAGCUGUAGUCACAGAUUACCAUAAGAAUUCUUUUUUUUUUUUUUUAAUAUAUUUACAAAUGCUUAGAAUGUAAGAAAUAUAAGGGAAAAAAAAAAUGGGAGGAAUUGCGUACCUCCAACACUUCCCAACUUCAAAAUUAACCCAGUCAGAUAUCUAGAAAGAAUUUAAUCAGAAGCUUGUAGAUCAGACCCGUAAGGCUGUAUCCUGGUGUCAGUUUUUGUGCUGGUCCCAGAAUGUAUUUCAAUUUGAGAGAAUGAAAAUGGGCAUUAUUUUUAGAUGCACUUCAUGCAGAAAAUGUGUUAAAAAAUCUACUUGAGUUGAAAAUUUUUGAGUAUGUAAUUAAAACAUUUCUUGAUAGAUUUAGUUCUCAUUGAUUGCAAUAAUAAAUAUUUCACCACAAGCUAUAUGAUACAGAAUGUUAUUUGUGACAGUCUGUUAAUUCCAGAUUCUUUCAACAAGUAACAUGUAGUUUUACACAGGUCAUUUUUAUCCAUAUAACUCUUGUAAGUGCUAGUCGUGCAUGAUUAAGUUUUCUUUAAGGUAUAUUUGUUCAGGUGGUAAAAAUAAUGUGAUCCCUAUUCUUGCCUAAGUUAUGUUGUCUUUGAGCAGUGUACCAGUAACAAUAAAAUAAAUAGCAAGCCUGCAAAGCCCAA